UCUGCCACAUGCUCAAAAGUUUUCUUUGAGCAAAAAAGAUAAUUUUAUUAAAUUUCUAAGUGAAUUGCAGUGAAUUAAGGUCUUAAAAUGUAUUCACAAAACGACUUUUACGAUCCGGAAUACGAAGAUUAUCCAGCACAAGACAACUACGAUGAAUACGAUCAAAAUAACUACUAUCCAACAAACACGAUUCCUGAAUUAGUGAAAAAUUUUCUAUUGUAUUUAUACGAGUCAAUUCAGAAGUGCGAUGUUUACAGCAUACAGAACUUGUAUGAAAACAGCUUCCCGAAGUUAAGUGAGACGUAUUUUGAGAAGAAAGAAUGGCCAGAAGAAAAGGAAGUAGCUGAACUUGUCGACAAGGAUGAAUUGUUUAUGACGCUUUAUAAGGAAUUAUAUUAUCGUCAUAUUCAUGCAAGGGUUCUUGGCGGUCCACAAUUUGAGCAGAGAGUAGCAUCAUUCUACAAUUAUUGUGAAUUUUUCAACAUCAUUUUCCUGCAAAAACCUCAAGAUUUGGAACUUCCUGAUAUUUGGUUAUGGGAACUUGUUGAUGAAUUCGUUUAUCAAUUCCAGAAUUACACACAAUACAGAGCUCGUUUAACUGACAAGACUGAUGAUGAGCUUGAAAAAUUGGCAGAGCCAAACAAUACCCGAGUUUGGAAUAUUUUGUGUCUCCUCAAUGUUCUUCAUUCCUUGGUCGAUAUGUCUAAUAUCAAGCAGCAAUUGGAAGCAACUGCAAGAGGAGAAGAUCCAGCUACAGUUGCAGGUGAGCAUGGCAACUUAUCGUUGUAUAAAAUGCUCGGUUAUUUUAGCUUGGUUGGCUUACUUCGUGUCCAUUCAUUGCUCGGAGAUUAUCAUCUUGCAAUCAAGAUUUUGGAACCAAUUGAUAUCAGUAAAAAAAGUCAAUACACUCACGUUCCUGCUUGUCAAAUCUCAACUUCGUAUUAUGUUGGAUUUGCAUACAUGAUGAUGCGUCGUUAUUCUGAUGCUAUUCGAACAUUUACAUCAAUCUUGUUGUAUAUCCAGCGCACUAAGCAAUUGUAUAGUUCACGCUCGUACCAGAAUGAUCAAAUUAACAAGCAAACUGAACAAAUGUAUCAUUUAUUGGCAAUCUGUUUAGUCUUGCAUCCACAAUGUAUCGAUGAAUCCAUCCAACAAGUCUUGCGUGAAAAGAACUACAAUGAUAAUAUGUACAAGAUGCAGUGCGGUGAUAUGGAAGUCUUUAGGAACUUUUUCAUCUUUGCUUGCCCUAAAUUCGUGUCACCUUGUGCACCACCAUUUGAUGCCCAAGAUGAUUAUGUUAAGGAGCCAUUAGAACAUCAGACACAAGUUUUUAUGGAUGAAGUUAAGCAACAAUUAGAAUUACCAACAAUUCGUUCCUACUUGAAGCUGUAUACAACUUUACCGCUCAGCAAAUUGGCAUCAUUUAUGGAUAAAAAUGAUCGUAAUGGAGAUAGAGAUCAUGAUCGUGCUGUAUCAAAAUUGUCAACUCAACUUCUAUGCUUUAAACACAAGAUGAAUAAUGUCGUUUGCACGAAAGGAAGUGGAAUAGAAGGUAAAUUCCAGUCAGGUUCAGAAUUAGAUUUCUACAUUGAUAACAACAUGAUACAUAUUGCCGAUACAAAAGUUUCUCAUCGUUAUGGCGAUUUCUUCAUUCGUAAAAUAUUGAAAUUUGAGGACUUGAAUCGUCGCUUGAAGAAAGUUUAUGCUUAAGAUGAAUGGAUGGAUGUGUGAAUUAAUUAAUUAAUUAAUCCUUUUUGUAUUCAAUAAUCUGAAAAAUUAAAUAAAAAUUAAAAUUGGAAGUAAGAAUAGAAAAGGAA